AAACUCUAAAAUACCAUUAUCUUUCUUUGCAUUUGCUUAACCUCUUCCUUUAUCAUUUCCACAUAACACAUAUAUUCAAUAUUACCAAUAAUUAAGACAAAUGCCAGUGACUAUGAUUUUCUACCACUGAAUCAAUCUUUAAGCCCCCAAGCUCUUUUCACUCAUUUCCGUCCCGUUGAGUUCCUACUGAUACUAUUUUGUUUUGCUGUGAAAAAAAGAGAUUUUGUUGUGGAGCAAUGAAUUCAGAUCUGAGGGAAGCGGAGGUUGUUUGGAGUAAUGGAGAUACCCAAAUGUCUCUUUGGGUUUCUUGCUCCCUCCCUCUUUGACUUACCAUAAAAACCCACAUCACCUACUUUCUUGCUUUCUCUUUCUUUUUGGGUUUUAUUUAAGUAUUUCUGUGUUUGAAGUUUCUGGGAAGCUGUGGUGGUUGAGUCUACUGCAUUGUUGUUGGCGUUUUAUUACUUUAGAGACCACCAAAAGAGCAAAGAGCUUUCUGGGUUUUCUUCAACUUCUAGUUGGAAAGAGAGAGAUCAGUGGGAAAAUGCUGACGAUUGGGAUUGGGAGCCCGACCACCAGUGUCCGUACCAACACUAGUUGCAAUGCGUUGCUCAGGGAGCUUCAGCAAAUAUGGAAUGACAUUGGCGAGAGUGAGGCAGACAAAGACCACAUGCUAUUGGAGUUGGAGAGAGAAUGCUUGGAAGUCUACAGGAGAAAGGUUGAGGAGGCUGCCAAUUGCAAAGCUCGCCUCCAUCAGUCUGUUGCAGCCAAAGAAGCUGAGCUUGCAACACUCAUGGCUGCUCUUGGGGAACUAAAUAUUCAUUCGCCGAUUCAGACAGAGAAGAAGAGGUCAGCAUCCUUGAAAGAAAAACUUGCAUCCGUCACACCAAUAGUAGAAGACCUGAAAAUGAAGAAAGAGGAGCGAACGAAGCAAUUUGCAGAUAUAAAGGCACAAAUUGAAAAGAUCAGUGGGGAGAUUUCUGGAUACAGCCUUGUCAACAAUGCGAUGAUCAGUUCAUUAACGCUGGAUGAACAGGACUUCUCAUUAAGAAAGCUCACUGAAUAUCAAACACAUCUUCGCACUCUUCAAAAGGAGAAGUCUGACCGCCUUCAUAAGGUUUUGGAAUCUGUGAAUGAGGUCCAUUCUCUAUGCGGCGUGCUUGGCUUGGAUUUUGGGCAGACUGUGGGUGAUGUGCAUCCAAGCUUGCAUGGGACAAGCAUGGAACAGUCCACAAAUAUCAGCAAUAGCACGUUGGAAGGUCUAGAACAGGCCAUUGUCAAGUUGAAAAUAGAAAGAAAAGCUCGAAUCUUGAAGCUAAAAGAUAUUGUUGCAUCGCUGUUUGAACUUUGGAAUUUGAUGGACUCCCCAAAGGAAGAGAAAAAUAACUUUUCAACGAUUACUUCCAUCCUUAGAUCAUCAGACACAGAAAUUACUGAACUUGGUGUUCUUUCAACAGAGACUAUUGAACAGGCAUCAGCCGAAGUGGAGAGGCUCACUAAAUUGAAAGCGAGCAGGAUGAAGGAACUUGUUAUGAAGAAGAGGUCAGAAUUGGAGGAGAUAUGUAGAAUGAUUCAUAUUGAACCCGAUUCAAGUACUGCUGCUGAGAAAUCCAGUGCACUGAUAGAUUCUGGUCUUGUGGAUCCUUCUGAACUUCUGGAGAAUAUUGAAGAACAGAUUGUCAAAGCAAAAGAGGAAGCUGUAGGCCGAAAAGAAAUAAUGGAUAGGAUAGAUCGAUGGCUUUCUGCCUGUGAAGAGGAAAAUUGGCUUGAGGACUACAAUCAGGAUGAGAACCGGUACAAUGCAGGGAGGGGUGCUCACAUUAAUCUUAAACGAGCAGAACGAGCUCGAGUGACUGUAAGCAAAAUUCCAGCAAUUGUUGACAAUCUGAUACACAAAACACUAGCCUGGGAAGAUGAAAACAAGAUGUUAUUUCUUUAUGAUGGGGUACGGUUGGUAUCAAUACUGGAGGAGUACAAACUAACCAGACAACAGAAAGAAGAGGAGAAGAAGAAACACAGGGACCAGAAGAAGCUGCAUGAUCUGCUCCUCACUGAGAAGGAAGCCAUUUAUGGGUCUAAACCUAGUCCGAGAAAAAGUAACAGCUUUAGGAAGCCGAAUGGGUAUCGUGCAAAUGGAAAUGGAUCGAUGACUCCAACACCUCGUCGGAAUUCCGUUGGAAGUGGAACUCCAGAGCUCCUCACCCCUAGAUCCUACUCUGGGCGCCAAAAUGGAUAUUUCAAGGAAAUGAGAAGGUUGUCUACCGCACCACUGAACUUUGUGGCCAUAUCAAAAGAAGACACAAUGUCUUAUGCAUCUAUUUACGGCUCUGAGUCUGGCUCUCCUCCUCGGUUAAAUUGAAACAAUGGAAAUUGUUGUGCAGGAAUGGGCUACCAUCUACAUGCUGGAUGACCGUACACUCAGUUAAAGCCAAUGUAAACCUUGUGAAUAUGAAAGGGAUUGUACACUAGUUUGUGCUAUUGAUUUGUUAGUAGUAGUUGGCAAUAGUAACUUAAAAUUGAGGAUGUGAAUUUGGAUGUCAUCUGCUUUGAAGAACAUCAGCUUCUGGAAAGAAUGGAGAAACUGGUAGAUAGUUGUAUGGAUUACUUGUUAACUUUAAGUCUUGUCCUCCAAAAUAGGGAAAAUUGAUAUUGGAGUUGUUAUACUAGCACUGACACCGUAUUUUGUGGUUAUGCUUUUGUGUUUUGUGUA